AUGGAGAUCAUGGAGGAGCUGCCAUGCAAUGACGACAUUGCGGCUGUCACCAAAGGUGCAAACCCUGGAAGCGUGACCAAAGCGAUGCAGCUGCUCAAGCAACGGGCAGUGAAGAUCGUUGGUCGGUGCCUAGAUGGUGGAGUGGCUGCAGAGGUUCAAAGCGAAAGUGGUCCCCGAGCAUACACCGUGCGAUUGGGGCGCGAUGGAACAGGGCAGGUGGAUGCCCGGUGCAGCUGCGUGGACUUCAGGACGCGGGGAGGCCUCUGCAAGCACGGCGCAGCUGCGGCCAUCUUCCUCGUCCAGGUCGGCCAUGAGCUGCCCCAAGUCGCGACUGCUGCCUCUGGGCCCUUGAAGCGGCCGCGCUCAGAGCGGCCCCCGGCGACGCCUACACGCAAUGUUCCCGCGCCAAGCACCCCUGAGGCGGUGGAGGAGGCCUUGCCAGCGUUGAAGAGGCCGCAGUUCCCCAAAGCGAAGUCCACGACGGCCAGUGCCGUAAGCCAGGCGCAGCGGGGCUUCUUCCUGCGACAGCUGCAGACCGCAGCCGCAGGAGGCAACCACGCCGCUUUCAUCAGAGACAUCCAUCGAUUUCAUGAGCCGCUCGGGGAAACCGAGACAGCUGAGCUCCUGCACAAGGCCAUCGUCGGGAACGACGCGACGGGCGCGGAGAAGGUGGUCCAUGCUCUUCUCGCACGCUCUGAAGGCGAGGCAGCCGCGCGGGCAGGUGUUCGUGAUGCGCUGGGCCGCACACCUUUGCACGCAGCGGUGGCAGCCAGCAGGCUCGAAAUCUGCCGAGCGCUCCUGUCAGCGAAUGCUGAUCCUGGUCUGCUGGAUGGACAUGGGAUCUCGGCUGUGGAGCUGGCAAGCCGCAGGAAGCUGGACACAUCUAAAGGAGACUGGCGACAUGAAGCCGAUCCGUUUCAUGAGCUCCUGAAAGAAGCCAUGACCACGGCAAAAGCAACGUAG